AUGGGCAGAAUAUUAUUGUUGCUCGUGGCUCUCGCUGCAUCCUGUGCAGCAGAGUUUACAAGGAUCCCGCUCUACCGCAUGCAGACAGUACGCAAACACUUCCAUGAAGUGGGAACAGAGCUACAUAUGGCUCGCAUCAAAUAUGCAGCCACUGGACCUGCUCCAGAGCCUCUUUCAAACUACUUGGAUGCUCAAUAUUAUGGGCCCAUCUCCAUCGGCAACCCACCGCAGACAUUCAAAGUGGUUUUUGACACUGGCUCCUCCAACUUGUGGGUUCCCUCCAAAAAAUGCCACUUCACUAAUAUUGCUUGUUUGCUGCACAACAAGUACGACAGCACCAAGUCCAAGUCGUAUGUGAAGAACGGCACGGACUUCGCCAUCCACUACGGCUCCGGCAGCCUCUCCGGCUUUCUCUCCACCGAUGACGUUACCGUGGGCGGGCUGACCGUGCGCGCGCAGACCUUCGCCGAGGCGCUGUCCGAGCCCGGCCUCGCCUUCGUCGCCGCCAAGUUCGACGGCAUCCUGGGCAUGGCCUUCUCCAGUAUCUCCGUGGACGGCGUGCCGCCGGUGUUCGACAACAUGGUGGCGCAGGGGCUGGUGCGGCCGGUGUUCUCGUUCUACCUGAACCGCGACCCGAGCGCGGCGCAGGGCGGCGAGCUGAUCCUGGGCGGGUCCGACGCCGCGCACUACCGGCCGCCGCUGGUGCGCGUGCCGCUGACGCGCGCCGCCUACUGGCAGUUCCGCAUGGACGGCGUGUCGCUGGGCAACCACAGCUUCUGCGCGGGCGGCUGCCAGGCCAUCGCCGACACCGGCACGUCGCUGGUGGGCGGGCCCGCGGCCGAGGUGGCGGCGCUCAACCGCGCGCUGGGCGCCACGCCCGUGGCCGCGGGGCAGUUCGCGCUGGACUGCGCGCUGCUGCCGCGCCUGCCGCCCGUGCGCCUGCGCGUGGCCGGCGCCGCCUUCGAGCUGCGCGCCGACGACUACGUGCUGCGCGUGUCGCAGUUCGGCAAGACCGUGUGCCUGUCCGGCUUCAUGGGGCUGGACGUGCCGCCGCCCAACGGCCCGCUCUGGAUACUCGGCGACGUCUUCAUCGGCAAAUACUACACCGAGUUCGACGCGCAGAACCGCACGCUCGCCUUCGCGCCCGCCGUC